AUGGACAGAAGGGAAGGUAUCUUAGAUGGGAAAUGCAAAGGCAUCUGCAUUCUUGUUGUGAAUGAUGAUUUUACAUGUCGGAAUAUCGCGACUGAAAUGCUUAAGCACUGCCAUCAUGAAGAAUUGUAUACUGGACAAAUUUCGGAGGCUAUAAGUAUCAUGUGGGAGAGAAAGGAUAGAUUCGAACUGGUUUUAACAAAUGCUCACAGGUUAGAGUCGGACGAAUUUUAUAUCGUCCAAUGUGUUCAAAACCGGUUCAAUCUUCCUACCAUUUUAAUGUCACCAGAUAAGAUGAAGAUAGCAUCGAAUGGUGAAGAUUAUAUUGUUUCAGCAUAUGUUGUGAAUUCUCUGUGUCGAAAGGAUAUAAAUGGUCUUUGGCAAUCUGCAUUUAAGAAAGUAAAAGCCAACAAGGUGGAGGUGGUAGCUAAACUAGAAGGCAAUUCUCAAGAGAGAUCCAUGUCGUAUAAUGUAGUUGAAGCGGAGAAUAAUUUGUCAUCAAAUAGUGAGCCAACACAAGCUCAACAUCAACUAAAGAGAGAAGAAGAUAGAAAUUCAAGUGAACAAAAUGAAGUUGGCAAAGAUGAUUCCCAUAAUAAAAAGAAACCAAGGAUGGUUUGGACCAGAGAAAUGCAUCAGAAAUUCUUGGUAGCCAUCGACUUUUUAGGCCCGGAAAAAGCAGUACCAAAGAAAAUAGCUGAGAGAAUGAAAGUUCCCGGGUUAACCAGAGAAAAUGUUGCUAGUCAUUUGCAGAAAUAUCGCGAUUGCAAAAAAAGAGAUCAUGAUGUAAGUGUUAAUUCCAUGCAUGACACGAACACGAGAAAUCUAUACCAGGGAUCAGGUUAUUUUCCAUCCCUUUCGGUGUCAAGAUUCAACUCUUUGCAAAGGAAUUCCAUUACUGUACAACAGGGUUACACAACACCUUUUCACCAAGGUUCAUAUUUUUUGAAUGCAAAAGAAUCUACAAGCACCUUGAACUUGAGGCAAUCACAAUUACUUUCUGCAAACAAUCAGAGGGUCACUCGAUUCCUAAAUAGAACCGUGCCAGAAAGAAACAACUAUACAAAUCUUGGGAUUUCGCAACAGUUGCAACAGAAAUGCACUCCUAGAGUACAAGACAAAGAAGCAUAUGGUGAGAUCAAUAGAGAUAAUUCAUCUACAGGCACCAACCAGUCGACAAAUUCUAAUUCUACUUAUGUGUACGUCGGAUUGAGAUUUGCAAAUGAUGGAAAGUCAAUCAAGAGUAGCCAACAUAAAGUUUCUACUCAUAAUGUAAUCAGUACAGAAGCACUAGUUUCCGAUUUAAGAACUACUGGGGAUGAGUUAAAUUUUAAUUGGCUGGGAACAUCCACGAGUUAUAUCCAACCAAACAUGAGUUCAUUUUCGAGCCCUUCAACAUUGACAGACUGCAUUUCCUUACAGCCUUCUCAGCCAGAAACAUCUGCAUAUCAUAAUCCUUCAACGUUGAUCGAGGGCAUUUCCCAACAGCCUUUUCUGUUAGAAAAUCUUUCAAGAGAUAUGCAACAACGAAAAUUUAUGCCAAUUUUAAGACCAUCUUUGCCACGACUGCCAGCAAACGAGGAUGAUGUUCAACACGUUUCAACAUCAGAAAAUAGCAGCUUCCAUCAACACCCUUCUAUCCCAUUACCACAAAAAUUGCAAGAAUCAAACGAUUUUCUCACUGACAGGGAGAUGAACAAUAUUUUUAUAAAUGGAAUAGGAACUACAUAUCCUCAAUAUACUUUGGAAGACUUAGAUGAUUCAUUUUUUGUUGAUGAUGAAUCAGUUCGGUAA